AUGGUCUCGAACAAUGAUCUUUAUAGUUCCAUAACAAUACUUUUGAACCCUUUGUCCUACUUACUAAACAACAAGCUGAAUAAUACAACAGGUAAUUUAGAAACAAUGCAAGUGUCUAUUGAGAAGCAUAAAAAUGAAAAUAAAAAUUCUAAUCCUGUUAGAAAAAAAUUCGAUCCUACAGUGGAGCAUAAUGAGUCUAUACCUACUAUACUGAUUAUAAAAUUAACAAUUAAUGAUAUUACUUUUGAUCCAAACCAGGUAUAUAUUAUUUAA